AUGGCCAAGCACGCACGCAGCGGUACUAAAAUUCGCGACAUGGGAUGUCAUGAGGGUUACCAGGUGGCCAUGCAUACUCUGGACCAGUACCGAGGUACCAUGGUUGCCUGCAGUUACGCUCCACCACCGAAGCUUAGUCUCUCGGAGGAUCUCCCCGAAGUGAAAGCUGCUCUCCAUGACGCCGUUGCUCGUCUAGUUCUUGGUCACCCCCAUCUCCAUGUCGGGUACACCGGCGAAAACACAAAGGACCCUGUCUUUGUUCGCAUUGAUCAUCUUGACCUGCGGAAGCAUAUCGUAUGGAGCCAGCACGAUGAAUUUCAACCUCUUGAGCAGUCAUACCUUGAUUGCGUCCAGACCCAGCUUGACUCGCGAUUUGAGGAUCUAUCAACCUCGCCUGGGUGGAAAUUAAUCGUGCUGCACCAGCCUGGGAAGGAGCAUAUUGAGCUCCUAUACGUUUGGAACCACCCGCAUCACGAUGGUAUGGGUGGCAAGAUAUUCCAUCAACAGCUCUUACGCAAUUUGAAUGAAGCUUUCGUGUCACGUAGGGAGCCGCUUUCCGACUCCGAAUUUGUUGACGGUUCGGACCGUUGUGUUCUCAAAAUUCCUGACCCCACGAGCAAACUACCACCGAAUCCCGAAUUGCUCUCUUGGUGGCCUAUGACACCGCUUUUCUUUGUGAAAGCUCUCUGGAAGGAGAUUAAACCUCAAUGGAUAUUCCGGCCGGGUGAUACUCAUGCACAUUGGGCUCCUAUACAACUCACGCCAUUUGCAACCCGCUGUCGCAACUUCACCAUUAACAACGAUAUUGUGACGAGGGUAAUAGAUGCUUGUCGGCAGCACAAUACUACCAUUACUGGCCUUGUUCAAGCCUUGGUGCUAGUCUCACUUACCGCAUCGCUCGAGAACAGCAAAGGCUUUGCGAGCAGAACGCCUUACGACUUAAGACAUAUUCUUCCCUCACACACUCGUCGAUACCCUUGGCUGCAGCCCAAAGAAUCCAUAUGUAAUUACGUCUCGGUCGUCGAACACGAGUUCAAUGCCGAUCUGAUCGCAGCAAUAAGAUCAACGAGAUCAGCCCAAGGGACAGAUAGAGGUCUGCCUACUGAUCUACAAGAUAUCAUCUGGACCGUCUCCGCGCGUGUUCGACGCGAGAUUCAGACAAGACUGGACUCGGGUCUCUGGAAUGACAUGAUCGGCAUCAUGAAGCUAUGCUCAAAUUGGCUCACGCAGCAGCAGUCUGAGGCACAUAAGACGAGGUACCUAUCUUGGCUUGUUACCAAUCUUGGCGUCCUUGAUGGGCGAAGCGGUCUUAUUGAUAGGCAAGACGGCUGGUCCUUACGCCGAGCGGAACUGCUACUGAGCGCCGAGAUACCCUCGGCUGCCUUCUCGGUAUCGAUGAUGACGGUUAAGGAAGGAGACUUGGUCGUGACGUGUAGCUGGCAGGACUGCGUUCUGGAUGCGAGCCUUGGCGAGCGAUUGAUGGUCGAUCUGGAACGGUGGUUGAAGGAGAUUGGCGCUCAACUGUGA